AAUUAUAUGUAGAUAUGACAACUGCGACUGUGUGGCAACUCUACAAAAUACAGCUGUUCGGCAAAACGCUUCGAGUUUUCUUGAAAAUCACAAUGUCUGGAACAAAGGUGCUUCGUUCCCUGCUACACGAACUGCGACAGGCAUCUCCAAAUGGCUGCAUCAAGGACUCUCUAGCUGCACGUUACGUUUUGGCGCAAUACAAGAAGUUCGCCACCACAGAACAGCAAGUCUGCAAAGCCCGCAAUGAAGCUACUUUCCUGGGACAGACUUACUUGACUUAUUUGUCCAGCCAGCGGAACUACUUGGAACUCUACAAGGAAUUCCAUGGGAGGGGCGAAAGAUCCGUAAGGGAUACCGCCGAUUUGGUGGGCUUCAAACUGCCCUCGGAUCCUAAGUGAUCUAGUUAUGUAGUUACUAGUGCGUAGUGCGAUUAAAGCGUUUAAUGUUGCAAAA